UGUCAAAUAAUCAAAAUGGUGUUCAACAAAAUCGGCAAUUACCUCAAAUUUCCAACGGCCAAAGCUAGCGAUAGCACUUGUAAAAACCGUGAAGAUAAAACUCAAGAAGAGAAAUCUUCUAUACGAUCUGGAGACGACGAGUCGCGUGAGGAAGAAUCAGUGGGAGAUGAAAGUGCAAGUCAACAAGAUGAAUCAUCAGAAAACGAAUCUUCAGACAGUACAUCAUCGCGAAACGAAGCGUCAGAGGAAGAAUUGGAAGAUCCUUUGGAAGUUUUAAGAUCAAAAUGCCGUGAAACGGAACUCGCUCAAAGAUUGUCUGAAAAAUAUCAAGCUUGUAACGAUAGAGUGAACGGGAAACGCAAUACUGCCGAGACUUGUGUCGAAGAACUUUUUGAUUGGUUACACGUGGUGGAUAAAUGUGUUGCCAAAGAUAUUUUUAAUCAUUUGAAAUAAAAAUAUUUAUGUAUUCCUA